AUGGAUCCCAACCACUGGGUUUAUGCUGCUGAAGGCAACCAGAAUAUCGUACUGCGGUACACGGGCCAGGACCAGUCAUACGUAGGACAUGUACUACGCCUUCAAAAGGAUAAGGCCGUCGAUGCUCGUUUCCAACCAGCAUUUGUCCAUGAUGUAAUAGGUGCUUUGCUAGGCCAUGACUAUAUUGUUCCCUUGACCUGUGUUCCUGUCACGUUGACGUUCCUGAAAUCCAUUGAAACCAAGAUCACCCAUGAUCGCCCUGACCAUCGACGUGCACGGACCAUUGACCUGAAUCAAUCAUGGGCAUGUCUUGCUCCCGAUCUCACUUUUCAAUCCGCCCUUACUGUCGAAAUCAAGCCUAAAUGGGGAUACAAGCCCACAUGGUCGUCAUUAACAAAGCCGUGGAUGAGUGAAAAAUACAAGCAUGUCAAGGCCACAACGUGUCGAUUUUGCAUGCACAGCUGGUACAAGCACAGUCGGAGUGAUCUCGAGUAUUGUCCACUCGAUUUGUAUUCGAUGGAACCAGCACGCAUGAACCGGGCUCUGAAAGCAUUAGAACGCGAAUCUGCGCUGCAUGAUAAGAUGCAGAUAAAACAACAAGAAGUUCAGAACUUGGAGGAGAACCAAGUCAUUGAAAUGAUUAUUGCCAUUCUGUGUCAAGAACCGCUAUUGCCUCGACUGAAAACCUUACAACGGGAUCUUGAUCAGCUGACUAUUGAAGGCAUUCAUUCCAUUUAUGCCACCAAAUCGUCCUCCCUGUUGCCAAUGUAUGAUAUAGAUGUGUGGCGUAAAGUUGUGCAAUGUUUCAAGAGACGAGACAUGUCGAUGAUUUUGUCAGAUGCAAUAGACCCUGCUUUAGAAUGCCAGUAUCUCUAUGAGCAUGUGUUAUCUGCCGUGCUCAAGGAUUGUUCAAUAUUUAUAUCCAUCAUCAGAGACACUGUGGACAGGUGCGACGACAACUUUCAAGGUUGUAAGAUCCAGCUUGACAAUGGCGAGGCUUACCAUUACACCGUUAAAGUCGUUGAUACGGAUUUAAAAAACAUGUCCAAGAUUCCGUACUGGUAUGACCUUGACCAACGCAUUGUGGAACAUGCAACUCGACAUCAUACCACUAAAGUCUGUCAUGAAUAG